GGGCAGCCACCUGACGGAUAUAUCGAUAUGCCGGGAUUUGCCCAACAUCGAGGUGAUCACGUUCAGCGUGAACGGCAUCUCGGACCUCGAGCCGCUGAAUCAGUGCCAGAACCUGAGUGAACUCUAUCUGAGGAAGAACAACAUUACAAGCCUAAAUGAGCUCUUCUACCUCAAAAAUCUACCCCGGCUGAGGGUCCUGUGGCUGUCUGAAAAUCCCUGUUGUGGGUCAGACCCCCACCGCUACCGAAUGACGGUUCUGCGUAACCUACCCAGCCUGCAGAAGCUUGAUAACCAAGCUGUGACAGAGGAAGAACUAUCCCAGGCCCUGGUUGAUGGUGAGGAGAUCACGGCCCCACCAUCCAGGAGGAGCGUGGAGAACGGCUGCCCGGAGGCCACUGAAUCCAGUGCUGCUGAAUCCACAACGGAGACCGAGAGUGAACUGCUGAACAGUCUGGAGGAGACAAACAAAAUUCGAGAGGAGCUUGGUAUGAAGCCUGUUCCCAGGGAUAAAUUUUCAUCUUUUUCACCUCGAGAGACAGACUGCGACCGAAAGAAGAGAAACAAUGUCCUGAAUGCCAUCCUGCUUCUUACGAAGGAACUGGACGCGGAGGGUCUGGAGAUAGUCCAGCAGACGGUGGGGAGGAGGCUGCAGGCCUUUCGGAAGAAGGAGCUGCAGGAGGAGUGA